UUACCGUUUUGCCUAUAGAAACUGACGUUUUCCCCAUCGGCAACACUAGUCUUCCGACGGGAGACAUUUUCGACACAAGCGACAACCGCUACGGACCGGCGAGUUCUGCGACCGAACAAACUCGAUUUUCGACCGUUGUUUUUUUCUUCCAUGACAUAGCAACGGGAGCUCCGACGGACGGCGAUUGGUCACAACACAAUCGCGAGUAUCGUAGCGCGCACAGGCGGCUCCUGUGGUAACUGGUUAAGUUUACAGGUUAUUUAUUUUACACACGGCCGAAUUAUUACAGUAGUAUAACACAUAAUAAUAUUGUAACACACAAAUUAUCAAGUGAAAUCCAAACGUUCUUGACGACCGUUUAGUUAUUGAAUAAAAUUAAUUGUUUUUUUUUCUCUGUUCUGUAUGUUUAACUAUUUCGUGAUUGUAUUGUUUUGUUUGUUCUAAUUAUAUAAAAAACAAAUUUUUUUUUUACUUUUUUAUACGUGUGCACACGAGCCGUCUUCAACCGACUGCAAUACCGCCGUCCGCAUAUUCUGUGUUAUUCGUAUGAUGUGUUGGAAUGAUGCCUGCCGCAAGCAAACAAAUAGGUUCUGCUUUGUUCCAGUCCCUGUCCAAUCAAGUUAAUGAUAGGCGGACUCACCAUACUACUGUGGCUGACGACCGGUCCAGCUAUUUGUAUAUAGCUUCUAGCCGAAUUCUGGAUAAAAAUAUUGAAUUUGAAAUGCUGGACCACAAGCCAUCCAUGUUGACCCAAAUGAAAAAUAGUUGUAUUAUGUUACUACAAAAUGGUUGUAACAAAAAAGAUGUUAAAAAACCUGAACGGAUGAACGGCGAUUGUAAUGGCAAAGUGUCUCAUUUGCCCAAACCCAAAGUGAUAUUGUUUCCUCCUGAGCGUGUUCAACUCGGCUGGCAAGAUAAAAAAAUGUCGGUUGGUUCCGGAUUAGAAAAUCCCGGUGUAAUAUGUUACAUCAAUUCUACGUUGCAGGCUCUUUUUCACAUUCCUGCAUUUACAAAUUGGUUAACAAGCGACGAGCAACAUCAAAAAAAGUGUCAGCAAAAAUCUGGCUUCCAAAAAGAUUGCACGGUUUGCAUGGUGAGCGAUACAUUUAUACUAUCGCAGAAGCAUACUGGCUCUAGUUUCAAGGCCUCCAUCAUUACAAAUCGUCUUUCUCUAAUAUGUAAACAUUUAUCUACAUAUCGGCAAGAAGAUGCUCACGAGUUUCUUCGUUACCUCAUUGAAAGUAUGGAAAGAUGUUAUUUGUCCGUUUUAGGGCUCGCGGCUAAGUCCUUAGAUAAUUAUUCUAAAGAAACGACACCCAUCAAUCAAAUAUUUGGGGGUUACAUUCGGACAGAAGUUACUUGUGGUAAAUGUAGACAUGUGUCUACUACGUUUCAACAUUUCCAAGAUCUCAUUCUUGACAUUCGGCAGUCGGACACCGUCAAUGACGCUUUAAACAAUUAUUUCGAAAAAGAACCCUUAGACGAAUCAUAUGUUUGUGAACGUUGUCGACGUCAAGUCGCCGCUGACAAAAAAUUUUCAAUAGAAAAAGCACCGAACGUGUUAUGUAUUCAAUUGAAAAGGUAUAGUGUCGGAUUACACGGCUUUAGUAGCGGUAAUAAAAAUAGUAAAGCUAUGCAAAUAAAUGAAAGAAUAGACUUGUCAAAGUAUCUGUUCGAUCAGCAUAAAGAUCGAAACGAUUCGAGACCACUACGAUAUCGUUUAGUAUCUAUGGUAAUACAUUAUGGUUCGAGCUUAAACAGUGGACAUUACACUGCCCUUGGUCUGACGCCGUCGGGAUCAUAUUAUUACUUUAACGACUCAAGCGUUAGUCAAGCAAAUUUCAAAAACUACUCGAACAGCCAUGAUUCGUACAUUAUAUUCUACGAGCUGGAACCUUCUGCGUGUGCAAAAAAUACGACAUUCGAAAUAAAAAAUUCCACUGUCACGUCUGCCAGUCCUAAUUACAAGUCGCCAAUAGCAGGAUUUUUUUCGAAUAAAACUAACACCAAUGGCAUUACAAAACCAUUAAACGGCGUAAAUGGUAUCAAAGCGCUGAACGGUAAAGAAAAGAAGCCCAUGUUUUAUGACAAAUGGGAUACACAUAUUAAAACGUGCAAACAAGGGCAGGCAAAGGACAAGUCUCAUUUGAAAAUUCCUUUAUUCCCCAACAACAAUAAACUGACUGCAGAACCUCAGAUUACUUGUGUUAAACCGUCUUCCUUGUUUAACAGAUUAGUGCCUUACAUCGACUCUGACAAAGACGAUAGCGAUACUAAAAGUAGUUUAUCUGGUGACGAAAGCCCUAAAACUGUCGAAGUAGCGGCAAAAAGUAAAUCCUCUACUGAUCAAAAAGUGCCAGAUAAAAAACCUUUAGUGAUUAGACCCAAAGAAGAAUCAAACGGUGAAGUGACGAAGGAUACACCUACAAAAAAGUGUCUUGUGUUGAAACCGACGCAUGAAGACUCUCCUCCGACUAACGAGAGAAAGGACUUAACACCCGUCAAAAGGUGUUUGGUACUGAAACCUAAAGAUGAAGAACCAUUAGAAAUUAAACCAGAACCAGAUUCUGUAAAGAAAUGUUUGGUGCUUAUGCCAAAGGAACACAACGGCUUCGGCGUAGCCAAAACAUCGAACUCACUCGAUACAAACUGUACUGAGAAAAAAAACCGUCGCCGUGAGGCGAACGGAUUCCACGAUUUUGAUGGGAAUAAAUCUAAUACCCGACUAGAACACAACGGUGUAAAUGGGUUUAAAUCACCUUCAGACUGUAAUAAGACUAAUGAAAAACUUAAUGGCAAUCAUAACGAAGAAAAAAAUUGGAGCAAGUUAUCUAACGGCAACAGUCACAAACAUUCAAAUGGUACAAAAAACUGGCCUAAAUUUUCAAACGAUUUUCAAACUAAUGGUAACAUAAGAUCAAACGGUAAUAGCUUUAAAGAAUCUAUGAAAAACCGAACACAUUUAGGUUUUGGUGGAGAUGUUAAAACUUGGAAUGGGGAAAAGAGCUACGUGGAAAAAGACUGUGAACAGGAACGGAGUAAUGGACUCAAACGUACUUAUGAUGACGAUUACAAUGAAGAUUUUGACCGAGGAGUUGUAAAGAAAAAGAAAUUUGAUAAAAAUCACUAUACCAAAGAAAACGGAUCAACAAAUACUUUGCAGUUGUUACACAAUCAGCUGAAUCAAUUCAAUGGUAAAAUGGGACGUAGUAAAAUCACUUGGAUGAACCGAUCGAAGAACAAUAAUAACUAUAGAUCGUUCAACCACUCCAAUCACAACAGUUAUCGUCACAACGGCGGUUUUAAAAAACCCAGUUUGUAGGCACUGGCGAAGAGCCUGUUGUUCUAAACAAUGUUUGUACUCCGAUUUACACGGUUUGUUCCUAUUGCAUCAAAGUAUCCGAGCUACAGAAUUGUAUUUAUUUAAAAAAAAUCAUUAUUAUUAUUAUAACUAUUAUGUAUUUGUUUUGUUUGUACUUGAGAAAAAUGUUGUGUGUAAUUUUAAAUUUGAAAAAAAAACGAGUAUUGUUUCUUUCUUAUUUGCCGAUAAAUAAAAACAAAAUAUAAGUAGCACAAAUUAUUAAUUGAAAAAAAAACACUUAACGCUAAGGUUGAAAAAAAAUAAUGUAGUUUUU